AUGCCAUCAAGGAAGGCGACAUCAAAAGUCAAUUCGGCCGCAAGGUUGCAAUUUUCCAUGAGCAUUUACAGCUUCCUCAUCGCCGUGCGGUCCGACGGCCAACAACUCAUGAACGAGAGCGGCGAGACAACAUCCCAUUUGAUGGGUAUGUUCUAUCGUACGCUUCGCAUGGUCGACAACGGAAUCAAGCCGCUCUACGUCUUCGACGGCGCCCCACCAAAACUCAAAUCUGGCGAAUUGGCGAAGCGGUUCCAGCGGAAACAGGAGGCGAACGAGGGGCUCGAGGAGGCUAAAGAGACGGGAACAGCUGAGGACGUGGAGAAGUUCUCACGCAGGACAGUGCGCGUCACAAGGGAGCACAAUGAAGAGUGCCAACGGCUGCUCAAACUGAUGGGCAUCCCCUAUAUCCUCGCGCCGACCGAGGCCGAAGCGCAGUGUGCGGUACUCGCGCGCGCUGGCAAGGUCUACGCCGCCGCUAGCGAGGAUAUGGACACCCUCUGCUUCAACACCCCAAUCUUACUGCGCCAUCUCACUUUUAGCGAGCAGCGAAAAGAGCCCAUCCAGGAGAUCCAUGUUGAAAAGGUUCUGGAGGGCUUAAACAUGGAGAGGAAACAGUUUGUCGACCUCUGCAUCCUUCUGGGCUGCGACUACCUCGAUCCGAUCCCCAAAGUUGGCCCGUCCACGGCGCUGAAACUGAUCCGCGAGCACGGCAGCCUUGAGAAGGUUGUUGAGUUCAUGAAGAACGACCCCAAAUCCCGCUACACGGUACCGGAUGACUGGCCGUUCGAGGACGCGCGCGACCUCUUCUUCUCACCCGACGUGCGACAGGCCGACGACCCGCUGUGCGAUUUCAAGUGGGACAAGCCGGACAUGGAGGGACUGGUGAAGUUCCUGGUCCAGGAGAAGGGGUUCUCGGAGGACCGCGUACGGUCGGGAGGUGCUCGCCUCGAAAAGAACCUCAAGAGCUCACAGCAGUCCCGCAUCGAGGGAUUCUUCAAAGUCGUUCCCAAAACGGAGGCCGAGCGCGCGGCACACAAGCGCAAGCUUGAGGAGCAGAACGAGGCCAAGAAGAAGAAGAUCAAGGAGGAAAAGAAGGAGAAGGCUAAGGCCAAGGCGAAGCCUCGCGGGGCUGCUUGA